GCUAUACCCUGGACCGGCGCAAGCGCAAUUCAGUCGCAAGAUGUCAUUAGCUGAAGGCGCCUCCGACACAGAACACAGGCAGGAAGCUGAGAACUCUAAGAAAAAUACUGAUAAGCCAAGAGGAUCGAUGUCAGACCCUUACAUGUGGAAGGAGCAGAUCCAUACCUUGAUGAAGGGCGGAGACAGCGAGUCCGACAUCUCGGACUCCGAGCACUUCCUCACCAAGGGGGCCUUCCUCCUUACCCCUUCUCACGGCCUCAGCAUGGAGAAAGCUUCAGCCAUCUGCGAGAAAAUGGAGUUCAAAGGUUGCUUCUCUCUCACGAAGACGGCUACCGGCAUCUUGUUCAAGUUUUCGAGCGUCGAUGAUUACCAAAUGGUAUUCAAGAAAGGUUUCCAUAAAGUAACUGGUUCCAGAUUCUAUAGAAAGAUUGCCAUACCAUGCCGACCCCAGAAGACGUUUACGAUCUACGUGUACGACAUCCCGGAUGACGUACCUGAAGAGGACGUACGUCAUGCCCUCUACAAAUAUACCUCUGUGGUAGAGGUAAUUCGGUUGCAUUUUACCGGAUCACCCCGUGAUGGAAAUACUGGUACUUCUACUCCGAAACCUUUAGAAAAGACGCCGCCUCGUGCGAUUACCAGCAUCGAUGGAGAGCUGGUCAGCAGUAUGGUGCCAAAGGAGGCUUCUAGCGUGAUGCGUGUGACCUUGGCCAGCAUUGAGGAAGCUAACAUUUUGCUGCAAAAUGGUCUAGACUUCUAUGGCGCUACGUACUUCCCGACAGAAUUGGCGACACCUGCUCAAGCGGCUAAGCUGAUCAAACCAAGCAGAGCAUAUGCUUCCAGGGUGACGGGUGGCACCAUGUCGGCUCGAGUGAGGGACCUUCUACCAGUCUUCGACCAGCAGGGUUUUGCCAAAUUUGCUCCGCCAGCGUCUCGACUUGUUAAGCCACGUUCCAAGUAAAACUAAAAUAUUGAUUUGCUAUAGUCAAACGCAAAAUAAUCCACAAAUUUGUCAACUGUUACCAAUAUUAUUUAAAAUUAUAUUUCGUUCAACUGUGGCUGAAUACACUAAUG